AUGCACUGCACUGACACUAUUAGCACUGGCACUGACACCCUGGCUGCUUCGCAACUCGAGGAUGACAGGGCGCUCUUCCUGCGCGCCUCUGUCCCGCCAGCUCGCCAACACGCACCGGCCCUUCAGUUUGCAGCCGAUGUAAAUGACGACGACGACUAUCAGCAUCGCCAGUAUAGCAGCGGUUCCCCGUGCGCCCAGGCCUGCACGUGCUCCGUCUGCCGCUGUGGCCCGAUAUCCGUGAGUGUUGUGCCCCACAGUGACCCACAGUGGCCCCCAUUACUUGCAGAGCGGUUCCCCGUGCGCCCAGGCCUGCACGUGCUCCGUCUGCCGCUGUGGCCCGAUAUCCAGAGCCCGCUUGCGCAAGCGUCACUGGCAGUGAAUACUCUAGAGUGGGCGCUGCUCGCUGGCUGUGACGCGCUCGACGCCUUACUGGCGCUACGACCCGCCGCCGUGCAACAUACAUACGACAGACUGACGGAGAGCUUCCAGCGGCAGCCGGCGGCGUUCCAGCAGUACUACUACCACGGCUGGCUCAAGCUCAGGAUGGCGCUGUGCAGGAUGUCAUCCGCGCUGUCCAACAGCGGCACCUGGCUGGCGUGCUGCGUCAUGCUGCACGCGGCCUGGGCCUGCGCCGGCGCCGCCUACCGCCCGCCCGACGACAAGCUGUGCGACGCGCACGACCAGACCCUCAUAGCGUUAGAAGCGAAGCCAGAAUCAAUGGGCGACGUGUCAGCGCUUCAAGCGCUAAGGCGGCCGCUGCAGCGAGCGCUGGAUAUAGCGCUGACCGCGCUGCUUGCGCUCAACCAGCACCAGGGCGGCCCGCAGCACGGCUACGACAUCCUAAGCGACCCGACAGCAGUUUCCUUACUCCGCAAGCUGGUGGUGAUGGCACGGGCCAGCGGCCGCGGCGGCGACGCGCUCAGCCGCCCGCUGGCCCGCCUGCACGCCGCCGGGCCCAAGCACGACCUGCUGCAAGAGGAGUGGCUGAGCCUCAACGCGCAGAUGACGGCGCCGCGCGUGUGGGAGGCGCUCCCGAGGUGCAGCGUGUCCGCGCCGCACGAGAAACCAUACCCUUUAUACUUGGAGUACGGUGUAGAGCCUGAAGCGCUACGGUAUUCACCUGAGCCCAAUUUUACGUAUUGUGAAACGACACCAAAUCUCGUAGCUAUGGAUUCUAUAAGGUACAUGUACUUGGGCGGCGGCUGGCGGCCGGCGCGCUGGCGGCAGUGCGGGCGGUGCGGCGCGCGCGCGCUGCCCGCCGCGCAGCCCGCCAGGCACGCGCUGCAGCGGGCGCACGACGCGCGCUUCUUGAAAGCUUGCAGAUGUGGAGGAAAGUGGUCGUUGUUUUCCAAUGUGUAAUGAAAGUCUCGUUUUAUUUAUACAGCAAUAAAAAUAUUAUUAAUGUUUUUAAU